AUGCCACUCUUCUUCCGUAAGAAGAAACCCAGCGAUGAUGCUCGGAAGCGCCUUGAAUACCAAAUGUGCCUGGCAAAAGAAGCUGGUGCUGAUGAAGUUCUUGACAUAUCCAAGUGUGAGCUCUCAGAGGUUCCUUAUGGGGCCUUUGCAACUUGUAAAGUCUUGCAGAAAAAGGUGCUGAUUAUUCAUACGAAUAAUCUGACAUCUUUAGUUCCAAAGUCCUGCAGCCUCCUAAGUCUCAUAACUGUGAAGGUUCUAGACCUGCACAACAACCAGCUGGCAUCGCUUCCCGCUGAUAUUGGCCAGCUGACGUCUCUUCAGGUCCUAAACCUUGAAAGGAAUCUUUUAAAAUGUCUUCCACAAUCUGUAGGAGACCUUGCCCAGCUCCAGAUGCUCAAUGUGAAAGGUAACAAGCUGAAGGAGCUGCCAGCUACUGUGAGUGGCUUGCGGAGUUUGCGCUCUCUGGAUGUCAGUGAGAAUGAGCUGCAAGAGCUGCCCCGGGUGCUGGCUCACAUCCGCACUCUGGAGGCGCUGACCCUGGAUGCCUCUUCCAUGACCUACCCAUCGCCUGAUGUUUGCAGUGCAGGCACAGAGUCCAUUCAGCAGUUCCUCUGCAAAGAGUGUGGAAUUCCGUACUACCCUCCCUCGGAGUAUCUACUCCCCACACUGGAGAGUGAUGGAGGAGGAACAUCAGUGGACGGGAUGGACAAGGCAGUGCAUAAGUACUUGGAGGAGGAGAGCGAGUGGCAGAACAAAUUCUUGGAUUACGAAAAGAGGAAGGAAAAGAAAAUGCAGGAGAAGCUGGAAUUUGAGCGGCGCCUGAAUAUGGGGCAGAGAGAACAUGCUCUGCUUAAGGAUGAGAUACUGCAGACAGUGAGAGAGGACCAGAUGAGGCUGGAGGAGGGUCUGACAAAGCACCAGCGCUCUUUGGAGGAGGAGCGCCUGAAGCUGCUGCAGCAGUUGAAGCAAGCGGAGCAAGGCAUCACCGGGCGUAUCCAGAAGCUGCUGGAGGAGAACCAGAGGCAAAAACAAAGUUCAGACAUUCUGAAAUCCUUGGAGAAUGAGAGAAUAAGGAUGGAACAGCUGAUGGCAAUAACACAGGAGGAGACGGAGCAUCUGCGCAGAAGGGAAGUGGCCUCUGCCAUGCAACAAAUGCUGGCUGAGAGCUACAAGAACAAGCUCAUCCAAAUGGCCUAUGAGUCUCGUCGGCAAGACCUUGUCAACCAGGCCUGCUCCAGCCUAGCUGAGAUGGAUCAGAAGUUCCAGCAAAUCCUGGCUUGGCAACAGCUGGAUCAGAACAAAGCUGUCAGCCAGAUCUUGCAGCAGAUUGAGAUGCAGAAAGCUGCCUUUGAAGCUCUCCAAGUGAAGAAGGAUCUGAUGCACAGGCAGAUCAGGAACCAGAUUAAAUUAAUAGAAACAGAGUUAUUGCAGUUGACACAGCUGGAGUUAAAGAGGCAAGAACUGGACACAGAGACGCUGCAG